CGAGCUCGGCUCAUUGACAGCCCUCCCGCUCAGGGCUGAGCCGCUCAGGGCCUCAGGUUCAUCUCCUCCCUCUUCUCUCGGACUCUCUCCUCCCUUGCUCUUCCUUCCCUGGCGGCGACGACUGGGCGAGCGGCGGCGCCAUUUGUCCUGUCUUCGCCCAGCCCUUUGCCAGCGACGAGCGCAUCCUCCAGUUUUCAGUAAGCAUCUUUGGGAUAUCAAGUUUGUUGUUAUUCUAGAAGAGGAAAUAUGCAGGCAUCAAGAGCUAGGCUUUUCAAGGAGUACAAGGAGGUGCAGCGAGAGAAAUCAGCUGACCCUGAUAUUCAGUUGAUAUGUGAUGAUUCAAACAUAUUCAAGUGGACUGCUCUCAUCAAGGGACCCUCGGAGACUCCUUAUGAAGGUGGUGUCUUCCAGCUUGCCUUUGCUAUUCCAGAGCAAUACCCUCUGCUACCUCCCCAAGUUCGCUUCCUGACUAAAAUUUUCCAUCCAAAUGUUCAUUUCAAGACUGGUGAAAUUUGCUUGGAUAUCUUGAAGAAUGCAUGGAGCCCUGCAUGGACCCUCCAAUCGGUUUGUAGAGCCAUAAUUGCACUGAUGGCUCAUCCGGAGCCAGACAGCCCACUUAACUGUGACUCGGGCAAUCUCCUACGAUCUGGCGACAUCAGAGGUUUUCAGUCAAUGGCAAGAAUGUACACAAAGCUUGCCGCGAUGCCAAAGAAAAACUAGUAAAGUUGACAUGAUGUAAAUGGAACAUGUGGAGCCCAUGGGGUUGUGAUGUAACUGUUUCUGGAGUUGUGAUGCUAUUGUCAACUGUGUCUGGAGUUGUGGUGUAUCUGUUUACUGACUGUGUUUGACUUGGUAUAAGAAUCCAUUUGCAACUGA